UGCUUUGAAGAAUGAGAUUAUCAUCCCAAGUCUUGCCAUUUGUCAAGAAGGCAUACCAUGGUAAAUAAUUGACUCUGUAAAAACCAUAUCUGGAAUUUUCUACCAAUUAACAUUCCUCUGUACUUACCAAAACUUGCAAUUACUUUGCUUAAUUAGGAAAUGAAGAAAUCCAAACGGCAUAAAUGGCCAGUAAAUCAAUACUUGUAGCCAGAAUUCACAUAUAUUUAGGGUUAGGGGAACAAUUCCAUCCAUGGCAUCUAGAGUAGUUAGUGGUCUUUAUCAGGACUCAAGUUUGAUGUUGACCCUAUUUCUUGUUAUUUUUCUCUAUACUUUUCUUUACUUCCUUUCAUGCAUGGGAAGGGAAACAGAAUUUUGAAGAUCUAGAUUUGGAUAGAUAGCUUAGGAUCUGGAACAAGCCCUAUGUCAAGAGCAUUUAGUUAUUUGCUCUCUUUGGGUACAAAACAAGUUACAAGAGAAGUACCUUAUCAAAGAACCAAUGAAUUAGUCUGAUUAAAAAAAAAAAAAAAGAGAGAAAUUUUAUCUUUUUCAGGCAGGAGAAGGCGAUACUUAUGACUGUGUUAAGAUCUAUGAACAACGUGUCUUUGAUCAUCCUCUGCUUAAAAACCACAAAAUCCAGUUCUUCUGCUAUGGACUUGACGAGAAAAAACUCAGCAUCACCUAAGCUACUGGAAAUUGGGUGCCCAUAUGGUACAGUUCCAAUCAAGAGAACCAGCAAGGAAAAAAUAAUAAGGGCCAAGACCUUUAUGAAUGGUCGCAUGGCCAAUGUGCAUCCAACUGCUGGUGGCACUACCAGUUUUCACUGCAUCCAUUCCAUCCCACACUACCACUUGUCUACAUACAACAUAUAAAAAAGUUAUGAUAUAUCUUGUUCUUUAUCUUAUUCCUUGUGUUUACUUUCAACAAUGCAAUAAGGCUACUACCAUCAGAUCCUAGUAGAAAAUACUUGGGAGGUGGUGCUAUGAUCAAUGUGCAAAAUCCUUCAGCCUCAAAUACCCAAUUCAUUGAAGCAUUUGUGCAACUCCAAACUUUGUUAGACAAUCAACUUAAAACCAUUCAAGCUGUAUGGAUGGUAAUCAGUACUUACUGACCCGAAUCAGCUCUUGUU